AUGUCCUGGGCUGUCCUCCUCCUCGUUCUCAGCUCUUAUUGCUCAUGUAAGAUAUGAAAACCUGCACAGACAGCUCUCAUGAAGAAAACUCCAUGUAUGUAUUGUUUGGUAACUUCUCGAUGUCUUGUUUCAGGUUCUGAGGCUCAGUUUGUGGUGAAUCAGGAAGCCACAAUAUCUGUGGGACUUAGUACAGAAGUCCGUCUCUCCUGCAGUCGUAGUGUUGGCUCUGUGGCGGGGGAUAACUACCCGCAAUGGGUGAAACAGUUACCUGGGGAAGUUCCUCAACUUGUAGUUGGCAGUUCUGGCACCAGCAAUCAGAACCAUAGACCAUAUUGGACCCCAGUUCGAUUUACAGGAUCUAUAUCAGGGGGUUUGGCAGUUCUAACUAUUAGCACAAUACAGACUACAGAUGAAGGAGACUAUUACUGUGUUCUAUGGGGAGGAAGUCAGUACACAUUGUUAUAAGUAGAUGGCAGACUAUGAAUAUAUCCUCAGCUUCCCUUUUUUGUUUGAUAGAUAGUAACCACAUUCUGGGGAGCAGCUCUAUAUUAUUUAGGAGACUUACAAUGCACUCUACCUUUCUUUGCUAAAUUGUAAACUCUGACCUUUAGCACCUUCCAACCAAUAUGCCGACAGCAUUGUAUCAUAGCAUUUAACAAGAUUAUUUUUACUAGAAACAUAGAAAAUACACACAACCACAUCUUAGCUUAGCUUAUAUUAUAAAAUAAUAAUUGGGCUUGGACGCAUAUACUCCAUCAGAGGAGAUGUACAACUCCUUUCAACUAAAGAUGGGAUUUUCAGGAAAUUGAUAAUUUUAGGAGUUCAAAAAAUCUGUUCAUUGUCCCUUUUCAUAACCUGCUGAAUGCCAGGAGGGCUUCAUUUAGCAAUCGUUAAAGCAGAAGUGAGGUCUUCCAUAUAUAGUGAAUGAUCACUGCCUAUGACUUGCACACUCACAGAAAUGGCUGCACAUGGACCAAUUUAAUCUGACUAGAAAGGGGAGACUGCCAUCACUGACAGUCUUCCCUGGACAGAUCUAAGCAGAGGUUAGAGGGAUGAAAGGUAAGUAGUCUUUGUUAUUUUGUGGUUUGUUUAGGGAGGACCUAAAUGGCUAAAGGAACACUCCGAAUAUUAAAUUUUAACACUGGAGUGAUCAUUUAAGCUGGAAAUAAAAUUGGUGGAGUUUAAAUAUCUGGUUAUUUCCAUGUUUACAAAAAUAACCCUAUACAUUGAAUAGUUCAUUGCAAUUUGCCUUCUGGACCAAAACACGGUUCAUAUAUAUACGGUGGUACCCUGGUGCCAGUGAUUUCAUUGUCAAAUAAGCAAACCCUUACAAUAUAAUUGAUCAUUUUCAUCCUGGACCAUAUUUGACAUUAGAUAUUAUAUUGACAUAUUAUGUGCUUUCCAUACGCUUUCAUAGUUUAUGUAUUCAAAGAUUAAUUUCAAGUUAUUUCAUCAAAAUGUUAUCAAUUUUACUCUGCAAUUUCUCCAUUCGUUAUAUAGUCACUGUCUUGGUGUUCAAAACAUAUAAAUAUUUAAUGGGCACAAGCAUUUCAUAUGCACAAAGUAUUAGAACUGUCAAUAUAGAGACACAAAUGCAUAGUAGUCUGGUUAUUUGUGUUUACAUUUUGGAAUUCAGUAAUUCUAACAGGGUUAUUCACAGAACCGGACUGGGAAAAGAAUUUGGCCCAGGCAUUUUUUAUCACAGCAUCCCCUGUGAGAAGGGGGUGGGGUCAGAGGGGGGUUGUUGUGUCAUCACCAGUGGUGAGCAUGCCUCCCUCAAAAUGAGCAUUUUGGCCCAAUGGUCUUCCAGUGCUGACAUGCUGACAUGUUCUUGCAUGAGAAAAAGGCCAUGUGUUUGUUCUGCGCAGUACAAGUGGAUUUAAUUACAUGUUUGUGCUGUGUUUUAGCUUGAGACUUGUCUCUGGUGUCUCCAUAAGGAUACCAGAGGACAAAAGGGACGGAAAAGAGUAUUGUGCAUGUGUUUAAAGGCUUCUUGUGCGUUUGCGUGUAUGUAGAGUGGACUGAUUGUAGUGUUGUGUGUAAACAUGUCGAUUUCAGUUGUGUUGUUUGUGGUGUAUUAUGUGUGGCGAGAGACUGUAGAGAGUGUGUUCAUAUAGGUGCUGAAGUGUGUCUGUAUACGGGACAUAGUGUGUCUAUUAGGGAUGCAGCGAGUGUGUGCGUAGAGAUUGUAGUGUAUGUUUGCGUAGGUUAUGAGGAGAGUCUUUUAAAUAAAACAAUAGAAGAAGUAUGACAGCCAGAUAGGAAAUCACUACUAGAAUAUAAAACUAAAUUAAAUGAUAAUAAAGAGACAAAAGGGGUGCCAUUUAUAUGUUAAUUUUCAGGCAGCCAAAACAAAAAAAGUCAGGAACAUUAUUAAUAGGAAUUGGCACCUACUACUAAAAGACCCGAUAUUAAAUACAUUUCUACCCACAUCUGGGGACUCCCAAACAUAAAAAAGAGUUUUAACUUUUAAAUCUGAUAACAACUCAUUGAGCAGAUUUAACGAUUCAGGGAGUUAUUGACUAGUGUUGAUAAAAUAAUCCUCUGAGUGAGUGACUGGUUCCUAAAUUAAGCGAUAAAGUAUUUCUAAGGAAUUCUGAAAUACCAUUGAUCCCAUUUUGUCAGACCUAUUGUAGAAGACAGGGAUCCCAUGUGAAUCAUGAAAUUGCGAGCUGAAACAGCAUGAAGAGGAAGCAUCUUUAGAAUUUUCCUUAUUAACUUGGAAGUUAUAUCUUCUGAAAGGCUAACCAAUCCUUCUCUUGUGUUGAACAUGGCUCCUAUAUACAUAAACUAGUGAGAGGGAAUAUGCUUGCUUUUUUUUUUUAAUGCAACACCAAUCCCUGCUUCCCUAGGAUUACUCUUGCUGUGUUGUGAUGAGCCACCAGUGUUGACUGAUCCUUCCCCAACACAAGGAUGUUGUUUACAUAAUUGAAAAUGUUUGUAUUUGAGGCAAAAUGUUAAGUAUGUCUGAUGGUCUCUCAUCAGGAUAUGGAAAUAAGCAUUCUUUAGAUUGAUUGAAAUCAUCUAAUUGCCUUCUUUAUGAUGGAGCUGAAUGAUUCCAUAUUGAAUUGUCUUGCAUUUGGUCUGGAAUAGAACUCUUGGAACCUUUUUUGGGGAACUGGAUAGACAACUUCAUGCAGCAACAUAGACUUCAUGACGUUUAAAGGAGCUAACUUCUUGGAUCAUCUGGAAAUUAUUACUGGAAAAACUUCCUUGGUGGGCCAUUCCUUGAAUUCAAGGAGCCUCCCAUGCCUUCAGCCAUAAGUCUCUAUGACACAUCAAAUUGAGAACCAUGGUUCUGGCUAUAUACCUCACUGGGUCUAUAGAUGCAUCCAAGCAGAAUUCUGCUGACAGCUGCAGAGUUUGUGGACUGCUUCGAGUAGAGCCUCUGUCUUUCUUUCAUCAAAGACAACAUAAUAAUGAGCUUCAUUUGUGGAUUAGAUUCAAUGGUUUACUUAUGGCAGGGUACACAGGAUCGUCUUGGAGACUGGUGCGAACUAGAACAUAUAACAGAUAGUAUGAGUGCUUCACUUUAAUAAAGGCAUCCUCAUAUAUGUUAACUUUUUGUUUAAUGGAUCCAUAAAAAAAGAAUGGCUUACCUUGGGUCUAUAGAAUUUGACUUCUUUGUCUUUUGCAAUGGAGAGGAUUAGAAGGAAAACUGGGCAGCUGAAAAAAGGAACUACAAUCUAACCUUAAGAAUUCAGUUCUCUCUAAUAAAACAAAAACGUCUCCAAAAAUAAAUGCACAAUCAAUGAACAAAAAGGAACUUUUUUAAGAUAAGAACCUUAAUACAAUAUACAUGUAUGUAAACUAAGAAUCAACCAUCCCACCAUGAAAAAAAUAAAUAGCUAUUUAAAAAUGCAUAGACCCACAACAAAAAAUACCUGUUACAUAAGAAAGAAAGAAGUAUCACAAACAGAACUGAAAAGAUGCACUGAUAAAGUUGUCUAUACUCACCAGAAACAUACAAGAAACCGUCAAUUUAAAGUCCAAACCAUCAUAUCAGCCAUUGUAGUAUGUGGAAAUUGUUCAAAACCGGAAGGACGGCACUGGCCAUGCUCACUGGGGCAAAGGUUGUCCUCAACUUCCAGAGGAGAGCCUUAGCUGCAAGAAAAUCCCUACUAGAAAACACCAGCCUCCCAAAGGUACAUAUAAUCACAGAAGAAAAGAGCAGUUCCCACAUAUAACCGAUAUCUGAGAAGGAUUUAAUCAUUUCACUUGCUGUUAGCUCCUACUUUAGAGUCACAGUAGCACUCACCACCGGUUUCUAAAAGAAGAAACACUGAACUCCCAACAAGGCCAGGGACUAAAAAUCACCAGUAUCGGCCCUGAGUAGUCAUGUUCCUACUAUUGGGCAUAAGUCAUGUAGUAACCUUGUUCGUCCUCUAAAUCAAUUUAAAGCUAUGCUAUUAAAGUAAGCUAAUAAAAAAAAAUCGAAAUUGAGAACAUCUGACUGCUUCAAGCAAUACAGUAGGCAGUGUGAUACUGUAAAGAAAGAAAAAAAAAUGUUUUAGUAGUCUAACGCAGAAGCAAAGGCUGUCUGUGAGACUGUCUUGGCUCACCAGAUCUCACAUAGAAGAAUAAAUCGAUGAUGGCAAUGAGGCUAGCACAGAAGUGUGUAACCAUCAAAGCUCAGACAAAGUGUGUAAAACGAAGCUCCUAUUUGCAUAAAUGUAGUUUUUUUCAACCUGCUUUAAAAACAAAACAAAAAAAACCCAGAAAAACAAGGAAUGCAACACACACCACUGAGUGAGCCCCUUGUAGAUCCAGGGCCAGUGCAAGGAUUUCUGACGCCCUUGGCAAAGAUCCAUUUUGCUGCCCCCCUUAUGUCACUCACACACUGACAGACACAUUCACUCACUGACACACACACACACACACACACACUCACUGACACACACACAUACACUCACUGACAGACAGACAUACACUCACUGACAGACACACACACACACAGACACACUCAAACACACACUCACUGAGAGACAUCCACUCAUUCAUUGACAUAUAUACACUCACUCACACACACACACACAAACACACACACUCAUUGACAUACAUACACUCACUCACUAACACUCACUGACAGACAGACACUCACAGUCACUGACAGACAUUCACUCACUCACUGACAGACACACACAGACACUCACUAACAGACAUACACCCACUGACAGACACACACAGACACUCACUGACUAACAGACAUACACUCACUCACUGAGAGACACACACAGACACUCACUGACUGACAGACAUACACUCACUCACUUACAGACACACACAGACAUACAUACACUCACUGACAGACACACAUACAGGCAGACACUCACUGACAUACAUACACUCAGUCACUGACAGACAGACACACACACAGGCAGACACUCACACACCCUCACUGACAGUCAAACACUCACCUCCCUGGGGUCCAGUAUGGGGCAGCUCCUCCAAUGUGCUGUUUAGUAUGCUCGGGGAGGGAAUGACGUCAUAUUCCGGCUCCCAGCAUCACAGAGGGCGCACGAGGGAGGAGUGAGAGAAUGCAAGAACAGCCUUCCUUCUCUGCCCGCUCUCCUCCGGACACUGGGAAUUGUUGGCAGAGCAGGCACCUGCCAUUAAGGUAAGCAGGUGCCUGCUCUGCCUUACCUAGUGCACAACUUCGGGGGUGACCUCAGAUGGCCACCUCCUGGCCCCCCUGUGGCAGGGAUCCCCUCGGAUUUGGGAGCCUUAAGGAUCGGCCCGGCGCUGGGGGAGGGCAGCUUGAGAGCCACUCGCACAGCGCUGCAGACCAAGACAGGGGCAGGCAGACCACCAGGCCGCAUCCCGGUGGGCACCCCCAGCAGGCUGGCGCCCUAGACAAAUGCCUAGUUCACCUAACGAUGGUGCCGGCCCUGUGUAGAUCAUGUCAUGUCCCCCUUCCCACCUCUUUCUGUCGAUUGUUCAGUGUGCAUAGGUUCAUUCCUUGGUUGGUUUGUUAUGCUGUUUGGAAUUCAGAUGAAUGGAUAAACAGCGGAAAAUUUUUUUUAAAAAAAUGAAUGCCCAAGUCUUAGAUAUUGAUUACAUAUUGGUAAUGAUGCUUAUUGUGACACAACAGCACACAGCAGUACAAUGGUACACAUAUAUAAACAAGAAUACACUCGCACAUAGAUGCAAAUUUGCAUAUACACACUAACACAUAUACACAAACAAGCCCAAGAAAAACUGGUGCACAAAACCAAACAUAUGUAGACAAAACCUAGAACACAGAUGUGGCAAAAGUAACCUCGCCACUGGUUUUUGGAGGGGCCUUUUUGCCAGCCUCUUGUCUUCUGACUAUGGCCCCUGGGAGAUUGUGCCCUUUAAAAACAGUAAUUGGGCUUAUGGACUCCUAUUGGACUGGUGCUGGCCUUUUAAGCACAUUAUUGGGGCAUAAUGAGAAUUGGAACAAUGCCCCUUUAAAACUGUGUCCCCAGAGUCCCCAGACUGUGAAAAUAACUUGUGCAUGUUUUUUUCCCAUAUGGUUCAGUAAAAAGGGCUUACCGAACCAAUUACCGAACAGGAAGACACAACACAAGGGGAAGUGUGCAGCCUAUUUACCUCACAGGCUGGUGGUUAACUGCAGGUUAAUUGCCGACCGCUGGGUGGCCACAGUUCGUACAGUCGAACACAUGGUAGCGGCCAUCUUUAUUUAGUCGAACGCGGUCAGCAGUGUGUGCUGUCAAAUUCAUGGAACUCUCACUGUCGGCUACAAAAUGGCUUCGAAAUCGAUUCGCACGCCCUGCUAUAAUGGACUAUUUGCACGAACGGCACCCCCGUGUAAAAUAGACUGACCGCACAGCCCAAAACUAUGGAACUCUUUUGGGCAAGAAAGCCAUGCUAGCGGUCGGUCAAAUAGGAAUUCCACCUAACUUUUAAACCACUGGAGGGAAUUGUAUGAUUUUUGAGUUUGUUUGUAUAUGGAGUAUGCUGAUUCAGAAUAUGUAACUUUUAUAGAGAUUGCAUGAAUAUUUUGGAAAUUAUGAAUAUGAUAUGAAACUGUAUAUUUCCCUGCCUGUGAUAAUUGAGUUAACCCAUUGUGUUCAUUAAUUAUAUCACAGGCAGAGGGGAGAGUUUGUGUGCCUUGGCUGGGACUUUUAUGGACUUUAUAACGAAGUUCCACAUGGAGAGAACUGGAUUAUAUGUAUUACAUUUACAUUGAACGGAUCCUCCGAGCGGACCUCACUAUGGAAUGCAUGUGUGUUCCACCAUGCAUUCCAGUGACGUCACAGAUGCGCCGGAGAGAGGAAGACCCGGAAAUGACGCGGGUGACGUGUGGAACACAUCGUGCGUUCCAACUCCCGACAUCGAAACCUGGAAGUAAGCCACCUGUACAGUAUAAAAGGAUGCCAAAGAGCCCUCACAUACCACCACCGACUGAGGAAGCCCCAUACACGGGGCGAAACGCGUAUCGGAAUUAAAAGGACAUCUGGACCUAUUGAACUAUUUGCACUUUACACUCGGUGCACUUUAUGGACUUUGACAGCCAUUUGGCUGUAUUGGACUUUGCUUUUCUCCUUUUUUAAUGAGGAGUCCAUUUGUUUUUAUAUUGUUUUAUAUAUGUUCAAUUAAAGCUUUUUUUAGAAGAAACUAUACCUUCUUAUAAUUUUGCAUCAUCUGUUCUGAAACUCCAAGAACAUCAAGAAGAAGGACAGGGACAUCCUACAAAAUAGUCCCACUGCACCACUCAUGGGAGCCAUAUGAUUAUAUUUGGAUCCAGGUUUGUGAGUACAUGACCUCUACGAUCUUCGCAUUUACUUACAUACUAACUGUAUUACACUAUAUGGUUUUAUGUUUCUAUUUUAGAUGUACCAAGAAGUGUGAUCCACCAUUGUAUGUAUCUGUAUUUUGUUAUUGUUAGAGUGGUUUAAGGGGUCUCCGCUCAGGUGGCUAUAACAGAUCCUGUUAUCACACUUUAUUACUUUAUUCACUGUAUUUGUUUUAUCUUUACUUGGCUGGGAGUGUCUGACUGUAUUGUAAUGUGUUUGAUUGGUUGUUCCACAAGGCCACGUGGGUGGUAACCUUGUGGUGAAAUAUAUAUAAAAGAAGCAAUAAAACCCCAGCUCAGUCCGUUCCUACUUACACUCCAAAACCAUGUGUUGUCCUGUCAUUGGAGGGAAGAUUUGCUCCUGUGUCUGCUGUUCCAGCUUACAGGAGAUUCACCAGGGAAAGUCCUUGUAAGGAAUAGAGCUAAUUCCCAAUUCGGUUCCAGAGUUCCCAGGACUGAGUAGCGUCCAGUGCCUGGAGGUGUCUGCUGGCAUACUUGGAGUCCUCGUGAAGCGCUAGGAGCAUCCUUCAACGGAGGUACCCAGUCGGGGUGCUAGGUGAUCCGUUACAACAGACACAUAGCCCUUAACAUGCUGUAGCAUAUAUAAAUAGGUACAAACUAGCAGGGAGACAGGCACAUUGCAGCAGGCAUCCCUAUACACAUGUAAGCAAACAUUGAGAAAUACAAGCAAACCUGUAUAAACAUUAGACAUGAGCAUGGACAACAUUUUCAUUUCUUUUUGUUUAUUCAGUCACAAAAAAAACAAUAUUCCGGUCAGGUGCUCAUUCUGUGAAACCUUUUUGUUAACACAGAAUUUCAGCUGACUGAUAUUAUCUAAGGCCGAGCAAGGGUAAACCAUGUGGAGCCUGACCAGAGCUACAUUCAUGUAAGAAGCUUAUGGAGAUCCAUGUAACACCAUAUUAGUAUAAUGGAUCGUGAAGACCUAAUUUAUGCCCCUGCCCACUAUCCUAGCAACCUACUUUUCUACCCUACCUUUACCUUUUGUGUCACAUUACCCCACUCCCUCUAGCAUGUAAGCUCAUUGAGCAGGGCCCUCAAUCCCUCUGUUCCUGUGUGUCCAACUCGUCUGGUUACAAUUACCUGUCUGUUAGUCCACCCAUUGUAUAGCGCUACGGAACUCGUUGGUGCUUUAUAAAUAAUAAAUUAAUAAUAAUGUUUAUCUGGCCAUGAGUGGGGGCAACGGGGUGGACAAUGAUCGGUAUAAUAAUACAUUAAAUCACACAAGCUCAAGGAAGCAAGAUCAGUGUAGGACCCGUCUAGGGGGGUCUGCCUUGAUGUUGGCAGGCGGGCAUUCCCUCCAGUGGCCAUUGGAGGGAAUGUUUAAAUAUACAUAGGGAUUAAGGAGAGAGCGCAGGUAACUUUUUUUCUUUGUUUUUUACUAUAUGUAUUAGCUGAUGUGUACUGUAGUCAUUGCUGCCGCCCAGGAGUGAUGGGAGUGAGCGCAGGACUUUUCUUUUUGUAUUUGAAUACUAUAUAUAGUCUACAUAAUGUUUACAAUAAUCGAAAUUGCAUAAUGGAUAUUCCACAAUCCGGACUGGCUGUGCAACGUGGAAUGCACACAGAGACAUUACAGCAAAGCCUUCGGAAGGCACUAAAUGUAUCUAGUUUGAAUAAAUUGAAUUGUUCAAAAUGACAAAAAGUCACCAGAUUAGCAAAAACAUGUUUUCUAAGAUGUACCAAAAUGUGUUAAACAGGAAAACAACUCUAUUACUUUGUUGAACUGUGUACCUGUAAGUGAUUGUAAAAAAAAUCAGAAAACUGCAAAUAAUUUUUUUUUUUUUAAUUUAAAAAAAUUGACCAGGUGAGAUGAGGGAUGUGAAUGUAAGUGAAAUGCUAGAAUGUCUAUGUUGACCUCUGUCAGUCACUUCUUGGGGAAAAGUUUGGUAGGGCACAUUGUUUUGGCGUGUGCCCUAAAGCAAUGAGAGCAGACAUGCAAUAAACUGCAAGUGUUAUAAUGGCAUGCACCAGCAUUUAAGUUAUUGCACACCUGAGCCUUCCCCAAGAAGACUGCCUAGCUUAUCUUUCAGACCCCUUUCUGGACUGAUAGAUGGAAUGGUAUGUGCUGCAACAGUGGAUGUGGAAGGGUCGGCCUCGCAGGGGCAGAAGUUGGCUUUGUGAGAAGUGGAAGCGUAAAUAGUGCAUGAAGGGGGCGUCAUGCAGGCGAAAUGCUGGCAGAACAGCUCUGUGUCCAACUGACUCCAAUCUGUCCAAAUGUUGAACUGGGCCAGAGCUGCAGCUGCCUUGCUUAAUACAGACUUAUGAUAAUCGUAAAACAUAAAGCCCCCGUACUUGUGUCCCAAAUCCACCAACUUGUGCAUGUAGAGAUUGAGCUCCACUCGCCUUUUGGGGUAUACGGAACAGAUAAUGUCCCUGUAUGGUCCAAAGUUGUUUACAAACUCUGGGAUGGAAGGCUUUUCUAUUCAGGCUAGGGUCCCUGGAUUUAUCCCCGUAGCUGUAGACCCUGUUCUCAAUUACAUCCUGCAAGGCUAUAAAUAGGGACACCAAAUUAACUUAUUUGCCAUGAAGUAUAUCCUCCCUGAGUUUUUGGUUGCGGAUAAGGGUUAUGCCGUUUUUCCACAGCAGCAGGAAAGGGAGCUGAAGGAGAAGAAAUAGGCUCCCUAGGAUGAACGUGAUGGAACGGAAAACUGUGGUCAUUGGUGGUUGGUAGGUUUCAAAUCCUGUCGGUGGCUCAGAACCUGGUGGGGUAGGGGUAUCCGGGUAUACCCCUGCCAUGGUUAAUUUAUGUUUGGCACUUUAAGUUGGUAUGUUGGAAUAUGUUGGUAUAUGUUAUAUAUAUAUGUGUUAUUUAUAUGGGGGUCAUUGCCUUUUAUAUCAACAGAAGGAUUUGGAUGCAAGGGCGGAGUAUGGGGGGCAAUGACCCAUGUUUAUUUGUUAAAUUAUUAUUAUGGUUAUUAUUAUUAUUAUUAUAAUGAAUAAAAUUGUUAUUAUUCAAGAUUGUUUAAAUAAAGCUGUGGACAAAUUUUCCCAUAUACCCGAAUGUCAGUGCGUUAUUGUGUUAGGUAUGUGGGGGAGUUGUCCUGGAAUCCGACUGCCCAUAUGGCGACUAUACACCGGUCAUGAAUAUGAAAGUACGUACCUUGUAGAAUAAGCUAUCUUACUAGAGAACAAUCUCGAAAGUGCCUAAAAGAUAAAUACACCAAUUAGAUAAAAAACGUGAAAGUAGGGAGAGAAAGUUAUAGUGCAAGAGGAAGUCAAUCCUACCCUAAUAAGAUAAUGAUUACGUCUAGUGAGUCGUAGAAGAGGUCGGUGCUUGAUCUAUAGAAAAUAAAAAUACAUAACUAUACAGAAAGUGAAACUAACCAAAAAGCCAAUAGGAAAAAUAACUGAAAUACCUGUGGAAACGAUGAUAAACCUCUCAAAGAUACUGCUGUUAGUGGUAGACUAGUGUUCACUACAGAUAAGUUCAACAAUCUAAAGGAUGAGAGAAUUAAAUAGAUGCAUCAGCCGUGGACGUUUACCUAAAAAAAGUUCAAAAUGCAACGUAUCCUUAUGGAAGACUAAGCGAGGGUCAAAUAUAUCGCAAUGCCCCCCUGCAUCUAAUUACAAAUAGAGUGUAUGGAAAUUUGAGCAUUGGUUAUAUGUGAACCCUCACAACUAUGUAACAGAGGACUCAGUAUGUGAAAGAUGGGCAACUGUAAUGUAAACGUCAAAGAACCAUAACCUAAAUACCUGAACAGAGUAUGAAUUGUAACACCGGCAAUACUGGAAACUAUGAAAGGACUACUCGGGGGCCUAAACAUUUUAAUAAACAUACUGAAUAAGACAUGAAGGCCUGAGCCUAGUAGUAAAGCUUCACAGCCAUAGCAUUUACGUAAGAAAAUAAAAUUGUCAAACGUAUAUACCUGAAUAAAUUAUCUGACCAGAAGACUUAAAUAAAUAUUUAGUGCGGUAGAAUAUUUGUCUUCUUAUUCCACAUGGUCAGUAUACGAUAUACCUAGGAAUACAUAAUGAACCAGCAAUGUAAUGAGCAUAUAAACAUGCAAAACGACUCAUAAAGUGUAAAGCGUAACUGUUGACAUACAGUGGCAAAAGUCCGUACACUGACAUAGAGAAAUAUUCUGGUAAAAGUGAAAAAGCCAACCAACCAAGUCCAGUAGAUUGCCAAAUAAUAGGAACCAGCACUAACCAAUUAUUUACCGAAUAACCUUAGACCAUAUCCCUUGGUCUACCAGACCAGAAAAGCGGGUAGUCAGGAACAAGCAAAGAUAAAAAAACAGUUAAGAACGCGCUCUCAGAUAACCCCCUCCCCCUCCAAAGGCUGCACUUUGACUGACAGACGCACACUCACUGACAGACGCAUACACUCACUGACAGACGCAUACACUCAUUGACAGACACACACUCUCAUAUACACUGACAAUCAAUGUCCAAAAAAACACUCACUGAUUUGCACACUGAUAGACAGACAUACACUUACUCGUACACACACUCUCUGACAGACGCAGACUCUCACUGACAGACACACGCACUCACUGACAGACGCACGCAAUCACUGACAGAUGCAUGCACUCACUGACUGACACACACUCACUGACAGACACACACACUCACUCAAAUUCACUGACACACACACUCACUGAAACACACACACUCACUGACAGACACACACACUCACUCAAACUCACUGACAUACACACUCACAUUCACUGACACACACACUCCCAGUCACUGACAGACACACACACUCACUAACAUUCACUGACACACACUCACUCACAUUCACUGACACACACACACAUCUCCCCCAUUCACAAUUAAUAUUAUUAUUUUUUUAAUUUAAAUCCACCCAACCUCCCUACUUUUUGGAUAGCUGGGUGAAUUUUUCACCUGGGGUCCAGUGGGGCUGCUGGGCAGGGAGGCAGCUGGAUGUGAAGGCGGGCGGGCGGCGAGUGAGCACUUUCCCCUGAGUCCUCAGGAAGAGAGUAAUUAUUAUUAUUUUAUUAUUUAUAUAGGUCCAUCAGAUUCUAUAGCAAGGUACAAUAGUAAUAAACUUUGGUUUAGCUUUCCUUUCUUUUUUAAAUUUAAAUACUGCAUUUAAUCAGAGUGUUCCUUUCUGCGUUAGGAGGGAUCUAAACACUAGAUAACAAAUAAGCAGCUGUCAGCUAUCAUUUUUCAGAAAUAGUUUGUAAUCAUAUUUAUUUGGUCGUUAGUGAGUGAUUGUGAUAGUAUAUAGUCUAUCACAAAAAAACAGAGAAUGAGAUAUUAAUUUGUCUUAACCCCUUAAGAACCAAACUUCUGGAAUAAAAGGGAAUAAUGACAUAUCACACAUUUCAUGUGUCCUUAAGGGGUUAAAGGUAAACACUUCCCCAAUAUCACCAGUUAUUAAAAAUCCCAGAGCUGUAGAAUCUUGUUCUGUCUGGCCUGUGUCACAAAUUCACCAACCCAAAAUGUUUCAUAUGAUUUGCAUGUAUUUAAAUAUGUCAUAUCUCUAUGGAUUUAAGGGGAACCUGGAGGGUUCCAUUCACAUAACUGUUUGUCAGUUAUUGCAGAGCUGCCUGCACCAUGUCCUGGGCUGUCGUCCUCCUCAUUCUCAGCUCGUAUUGCUCACGUAAGAUAUGAAAACCUGCACAGACAGCUCACAUCAGAAACCCUACAGCAUUCUAAUUGUGAUUAUUAUUCAUUGUCUUGUUUCAGGUUCUGCGGCUCAGUUUGUGGUGACUCAGGAAGCUGCAAUAUCUGGGUCUAUUGGUAAUGAUGCCCGUCUGACCUGUGGGCGCAGUGGAGGCUCAGUGACUGGGGGUAACUACCCAUCAUGGUACUAUCAGACACCCGGGGGUGUCCCUAAACUUGUAGUUUACAGUACUGGCAGCAACCAUAACAACAGACCCUCAUGGACCUCAGAUCGAUUCACUGGAUCUAUAUCAGGGGGUUUGGCUGUCCUGUCCAUUAGCAGAGUGCAGGCUGAUGAUGAUGGAGACUAUCACUGCCUUCUCUAUGAUGGUGGUAAUACACCGUACACUGUGAUACAAACAGAUAGAAAACAAAGUCACAAUCCAAGCCUGCAACUCUCAAUCUGA